AUGUGGCUUUCCGAGGAACCAGACCUGUCUACAGCACGGAUCUUGACGUUUGGCUACAACGCAAACUUUGCCGCGAGGAAGGAGCAAGCAUCGCUGACAAUCGGCGACUUCGCCAGUGACCUACUGUACCACAUGAAAUACAACGAUGAGGGUAACGAUAAGAUGGGUGAGGUGCCCAUCAUUAUCGUCGCACACUCGAUGGGAGGUCUCGUCUUCAAGAAAGCCUUUAUCUAUGGGCAUCUUGACGAGAAGUAUCGCAGUAUCACCUCUAGCAUCAAGGCUGUCCUCUUCCUAGCAACUCCACAUCGGGGCACUGAUCUCGCGAAGACUCUAAACAGAAUUCUUACCAACUCCAUGUUUGGGCACUCUUCGAAAGAAUACGUCAAAGAACUCGUAAGGGGUAGCACUACCAUCGAUGAGCUGAAUGAUACGUUUCGCCACCAUGCGGCGAAACUCCAGAUAUUUUCAUUCUACGAAACCUUUGCUACUGCCGUCGGACCGAUGAAUGUGAUGAUCUUGGAAAAGCAUUCGUCCUUGUUGGGCUACCAGGACGAGACUACAAAGCCUCUUAUGGCGAAUCAUCAUGAUGUGGUCAAAUUCUCUAGUCCGGAUGACCCGAAUUAUAAGGCAGUGCGGAAUGCUCUGCGCAGCAUCGUUAAAGCAUUCAGAGGUCCGAAAUCAGAUGAGAAUGAAACCGGGAAAGGUAUUGAAAUGAUUCAAAAAUGGCUGGGCGUGACUGGGCCACCUGAAGAAGACUUGAUUUCCCUUCGAUCUGUGCGGAAGGCAGGAACAUGUGAGCAUCUACUACAAAAGCCCAAAUUCGAAGAAUGGGUUGAUGGAAGUUCUCCUCAUAUCCUGUGGGCACAUGCUCCCCCGGGGAGUGGGAAGUCAGUUCAGUGCUCCUUUGUAAUCGAAUCUUUGCAGCUGCACCAAAAGAGCUGUGCUUACUGGUUCUUUAAGGAUGGCGAUGUUCAAAAGCGUUCCCUGAGCAAUAUGCUUCGGUCAGUGGCGUACCAAAUUGCUGUUAAAGACCAGUCUUUUUUUCAGGCUCUUAAUGAAGUUGCGAAGUCUGGUAUACAUGUCGAUAGAGCGGAUGCGAUGACGGUUUGGAGAACCAUCUUCGCCUCCAAGCUUUCAGCCAUCAGCUCAGUGCUGUAUCUGGUCAUUGAUGGGUUGGAUGAAUCAGAGUCGAGCAGAACAUUCAUUGAUCUCGUCUCGAACAGUAGCAUGCCACAGAGCAGUAUUCGAGUCAUUUUCUUCAGUCGGCCGUUGUCAAGCAUCAACCAAGCGAUCCAAAGAGCAAGGAAGCGAGUUACCAUCACAGACAUUGGCUUGACGGAUAAUUUGAAAGACAUCCGUCUUAUGGCUGCAGAUGAGAUGGAAUAUUUUCUAUCUAACGAGGAGCUUGAAGAUUUCAAACACGACAUUAUUGAAGAAAUCACGUCCCGCUCGCAAGGCAACUUUCUGUGGGCUAGUCUCAUCCUCCAAAUGGUCGUCGAUUGUCAUCGCCAAGAAGAAGUCAAACAAGUUCUGCGAGCUACACCAGAUGGUAUGGUCAAGCUCUAUCAUGGAAUGUCUAACGCCAUUGCAAAAAUCGAUCGAAAAGAAAACAUAAUGCUUUGUAGGAUACUCCUUUCUUGGGCCAUGUACUCCAUCAGACCUAUUAAGAUCGAAGAGCUCAUGGAACUCUAUCCCUCAGAGUUCCACAACGUUAUAGAUCUGAAACACACAAUCAGCGAAGUCUGUGGUCAGUUUGUGGUCAUCAACACCAACAAUCAGGUCGUGUUGGUCCACCAGACGGCACGAGAAUACCUCCAAGAUUGCACUAGACUUCCCUUCUCCCUCGAUGCGUGCGACGUGAAUGAAGAGCUCCUCUUUCAAUGUACAAAUUUCCUUUGCGAUCUGUCUCUGAAAAUAAAAGUCCGACAGCGCAAGACCCCCAUGUUCCUCUCAUAUGCGUCUGUCUCCUGGGCCCAUCACCUGAAUCUCUCUUCUGUUCAAUCUGACCGGGUACUUGAGAUCCUCGUGCGAUUCUUCAACGGUAGUUUUCCGUUGCCAUGGAUCCAAUCGCUCGCUAUGAAUGAGCACCUUUCACAUUUGGUAGCGGUGUCUUCCCAUCUCAUGAGUUUCGUCCGGCAACGGAGGAAAAUCGACGCGAUCAAGCCGCCAGCCCUUCUUCGCUCACCGGAGUUAUCACUGCUCGAAACUUGGGCAAACGAUCUCAUGAAAAUGACAGCAAAAUUCGGGUCUUAUCUGAUUGAUGAUCCCGAUGCCAUUUACAAGUACAUUCCUUCGCUCAGUCCAGAGAACUCGAUGCUUUACCAAAAGUAUGCGAAGAUAUCAUCGGCGACUAUCUCCAUCUCCGGUAUAUCCAUAACCAAUAUGAACUGGGAUGACUGUCUUGCCCGGGUGUCAAAUGGUCCCGAUUCUGCAUUGCAUAUUGCAGUGUCGGCGGAGUAUCUUGCCGUUGCGAAUGGUCGACCGAAGGGCAGGAUUCAGCUGUGGAGUAACGUUACUUUCCAAGAGCACUCCUCAUUCAAUCCUGGGGAGCCGAUAUGUUCCAUCUCCUUUAGUCAAUCUGGCUCGCUACUGGCCUGCUAUUGCCUGGAUAACACAUAUGUGUGGAGAGUGAAAGACCGGACUGUCAUCGCCAAAAUCGAAAGCCCUCGCCAAGAACGACCGAAAUGUUUGAAAUUUGGAAUAGACGAAUCGUUCCUCAUCAUUGUCACCGACACCCGUCGUGUCUACCGACUGAAUUUCUAUGAGGAUAGCUCAGCAUGGCUCCGAUUUGAUCGUUCUCUUCUAGAGGAAACUUCAAUACCAGAAGGGGCGUUUGUUAAUUCACCAUCGUCGGUCGACUUCAACCCAGAUAGCACACAGAUUGCCGUUGCGUAUCUGAACUUUCCUCUCGCUAUCUGGAAUCUUGACCCGCCAGAGAUGAUUGCCAGGUGUAGACAAAAUGGGAAUCAGGGGCAGACAGCGAAGACUAUUUCUUGGACCGGCGUUAACCGUGUGGUUUGGCAUCCAUUCAAUGGCCAAGUUCUCGGGAUCAACCGCCUCGGCGAUAUCUUCAAGUGGGGUCCGAUAGAUGACACCUAUGAAGAGGUCAAACGGGAGCUAGAUAACUGGCCAUCGGAGAUCCAGUGUUGCCGCAACGGGCUCUCGUUCGCUACUAGUGACAGCAAAGGCUCCGUCAGGAUCUACAACUACUCACAGAUGGUUCAGAUAUAUAAACUGACUUCAGAUGAUAUUAUGACGGCUAUUGCAUUAAGCCCGGACAGUCGUAGGCUCUAUGAUCUGCGAGUGUCCUGUUGCAAUGUAUGGCAGCCGGACUGCCUGAUUGGACUAGCCGAUACCAGCAUAGAUUCAUUUGAUAACAGCGAUAGUGUGACGAGUUCCGAACAAACCAGAAUAGACUGCACUGCGUCAGAUCUAGACGAGAAAAGCGGCUCUAUGUUAUCGUCGCCCACGUCCGAAUUCCAUGCCGAUACGAAGCCAAUGAUCACCGCAGUGGCCACCUGCGCCAGAAAUAAAGGUAUAUUCGCGCAUGCCACAGAUGAUGGAACGAUUGAGAUCUGUGAUAUAGAAAGCAAACGCAAACACUUCAUCACGGAGUGCACUUUCGGCAUGGACAUCAUCCACUUCACCCUGGCCCAGGGUGGGGAGUACCUCGCAUACUGCUUGCUUGAUGGGCAUGUCACGAUCAAGAGCAUCGACUCGUUUUCAAACCCGGAGAAAAUUUCCACGCAAACUGUCUUUGCUGAGACAAAGUCUAUCAGCCGCGGCCAUAUCAGACAGAUUCUUUUCGAUAGCAAAUCUGAACGACUGUUGGUCUGCGGCACAGAAAGACUUCAGGUCCUUCGUGUCGCAGACGGCAGCAUAGCUGCUGAGAUAGAAAUCGACCAAGCAGAUCCGCCUGCACGAUGGGACAAUCACCCAACAAAUCCAAGCAUCCUACUGGGAUUCACAGUCGGCAGAGUUAACGCAAUAUCUUGGGGUGCCCUCCAAUUCAAGUCUACCGUCUCGCACAAACUCGUUUGUGAGAGCUCCGAUAGUCAGCCGGAAUCAUCUCUGAAAUUGGAAGCUUUGGCACAAUCAUACCACCCGAAAAUGCAGCUCGCUACUAUCUCCGAGGACACCUCGAAUGGCAGGCUUGUUCGCUUUCUGCUGCUUGAUACCUCUGUGCUAUACGAAGAUCAUACAGAGUCCUCCUCUUCUGAUGAGAUCAGGGGUGUCGGUAUCCCGAUUCCUAUUGCCGAGUGCAUAGAGCAGCCGGUCGGGAUUCUUGCGGAUGGCCGACUCGUCUUCCUCGACAAGGCCCUAUGGGUAUGCACGGCGCAACUACGGUUACCAUCUGCGCACAGGUCGGAAACUACGGUGACAAGACACUUUUUUAUCCCUCGCGACUGGCUGAAUAGCGCGGGGCUGGUGUUAUGUAAGGUGCAGGCGGAUGGGAAGUUCUUGUCUCCCAGUAAGGUGCCUCGCCAGUCUCGGCUGGCAGAUGAUGCCGCGACAGCUGCCCUGUAUGCGACGCAUCCUGAGCGCAGGGCAUCUUACUCUACCCCGACCGUAACUAAAACCCAGUACAUCAACCGCGCGGUUGGUGGUACCCAAAAUCUCAGCCACGCCUCCGCUGCCUCGGCUCUCGCUCACGCGAAUCGCAAACCUGUCAAAGUAUGGCAGCCCCCGGCUAGGCAGCCUACCGCCGAAAAGGCGGCACUAUGCGUGAAGGACUACACUCCACCCCAGGAACCCAAGCCCACCACUCAGCACAGUUCGGAGGGGGUGGGAGCUGCAGCGCUCGCUGUUCGUGAACAGAGAGCUUCGGUGAGCCGGGAAUCUGCAUCUGCUGCCAACAGACGUGGCAGCUCAAUCGACCAGCAUACAGCCGUCGGGGGUGACCCGAACGAAAAAGCGCUCAAGGCUGCAUCGGGCGCCUUCACGGUCUCGCGUAAGAGAGCCGACUCGGUACCUAGUGACGGGGGUGCUACCUCCGAAAUUCCAUAUGACCCUUCAACAGGCGCAUUGCGAUAUUCCCGUGUGGAAGAGGAGGACCCCCUCGACCACUUAGACCCUGCCAUGGAGGCAAGCCGACUCCGACACAUGUCUAAUGCUAACCCGAAGAUGUAUACUUCAUCGCCACCUGUCGAAAGCGAAAUCAAGGAGCAAAAUUACAAGAACUCGCAGCGUGCUGCUGCUAUCGUAAUGGCAAAGGACAUGUACAAAGUCACCGGUACCAAGCAACAAUCCGGCCAAUCUGCUGCCGUCCAAGCAGCCCAAAAGGGACAGAGUCAAAUGGGCUACCGCAAGACCGUAUCUACCGCAGACGGAGAUGCCCUCCGGCGUGCGAUUGCUCUACAAGAGGCAGCACAAAGGCGAGCCGCCGAGAAGUUGGCCCUUAUGCACGAUGAAAAUGCAGAAUACCAGUUAUAUUAUGGCACCGCACCUCAGCCGCAACGAUCGCUCUUGACAUCCCGCCGCAAGAGAACUUCGAGCGAUACGGAGGUCUUACAGACUGACGCAGAGCAGUCACGGCAAAUCCGAAGCCAGAUGACUAACCUACAGGCCAGGUUAGGCCAGGUAGAUGAUCGUAAAACACAGGAUCGUGAAUUACUUAUGCAGGCUGCCCGCCGCAAUGUGGACCGAACCCUCCAGGACAUGGAAGCGCGAGUUUGUGCGGACACCGGCCGCGCCCCGCCUGCCUUGCAGAAGGAGUGGGACGAAGCUGCCCAGGCACGCGUGCGUCGGGAGGCAAAAGAUCUCAAAGGAGAAACUGUUCGCACCCAAGGUGAUAGAGUGAACAUCGGUGGCCAAACGUACAUGGACAUGGCCGAUGUCGAUGCGGUCGCUCGGACUCGCCUCCAGCCUGCUCUCGAUGAGAUCGCUGAGAAUGCCGAACAACGGAGGGCCAGGGAGAUCGAAGCCCGUCUGGACGCUGAAGAAGAGGAGAGACAUGCUGCUGUGGAGCGUGAACGCGAAGCUGAAACAAGAGAAAUAGAGAAGCAACAAAGAAGUUGGUUACCCUGUCGUCCUCCCUUCGAACAAACUCUGACCAAUAUAGGUGCAAACAAGCGCGAGAGCAAGAUUCCCAAAUUCUUCCUGUGGAGGAAGAAGGGUAAACGAGCUCGAGUUGAAGAAUCCGAGACCGAAGAGGCUCAAGCUGUCUCGCCCGUUAGCCAGGGAGCUGUAUUACAACAGCCUGUAUCAGAGCAGCCUGUAUCAGAGCAGCCUCCGAGUCUCGCCGCGGACAACAAUGCCUCAACGAAAACCAUCCCUGAUGAACCUUCUAUUCGGACAGAGCCAAGGGACACCACCACUGAGCCGGUUUCUGUUGUUGAGACAGAGCCACGGGAAAACGUCCCCGAGAACGCUUCUGUCGAGACAGAGAUUGCCGCUCCUGCCAUCGUUGUUGCACCUGCCUCUUCGGUCGCAGAGGCUGAAUCUUCCAAGCCCGACGAGAACGAUGUGCCCGCGGCUAUCCCACGGCGACCGACGCGAAGCCAGACCGAGCCCCUCGAGCUUGAGCAGCGAGAUGCAGCUGCCUCUGGUCCAACAGUUGUGCACUACUUCACACCACCAGUCACAAGCCCGCGUGCCGACGCCAAGCUUAAGAAUUGGUUCCGUGACCGUCUGGUCCGCCGCACCAGCGGUCCAGUCGCCGUUUAUCCCCGCCAGCCAGCUCCGGAGUUCAACACAGAUCAUGAACCCGCCUUUCAAGGUGGCGCUACUCUAACCGGCCGCGACGAGACUCGCGGGGCAGCACUUGGCUCACAUCCUCUUGGCGAGACUAUUCCGACCCAUAACAGGUCCUCGAGCUACUACAGCAACGACUUCGAUGUGACCAAGAUGAACAGUGCCGACUCAGCCACGGAGUCUACCAAGCAAAAUGGUAACGGCAAGAAGAGGGGCCGACUAAGCAGGGCCUUCCUAAAGACUGUCUCCAGUAACCAUGAUGAAGCUGGUUCGAACGAUGUUGACUCCCGUCGUGACUCGGGGGUUCAAUCGUCCCAGGAUGUCAACGGCACUGAUACCCAGAGUCCGCGGGAUGGUGCUACUGAUCAAGGUCUGGCUGUGCCACCUACUAUUGGUGAGAAUGUGAAUGGAAGAAGAGAAUCGAGGUUCGCCGAGAUCCUGUGA